GGGUGAAUGUUUAAGCCGCACCCAAAUGCAACCAUUCCACGCAUGUAAUGCAACGUCAACUUGGAAUUCCAGUCAGCGACGCACCGUCAAUAAUCGGCUGCAUCUAUCACAAUAUUGGCAGGAGCCCGCAUACGCUACCGAAGAUAGCCGCGACACGCAUAACAGACCGCUGACUAUCUCCCUCCAUACCUACUCAGCAAGGCACCGAAGCGGGGGAAAUACGCCACCGUGCUGACAUCUAUCGUCUCUCUAUCAAUGUCUAUCAUAAGUCCGCAUGAACGACCAGUGCGAGCAGCCAUGGAUCACCUCAACCAACUCUCCCCCCCGUUCUCCCAGCCUCUGUUCUGAAUCUUAUCUCUUUUUCCUAUCUCCCUGACCGAGUCCACAAGCACCAACCAUGCCGCACAUACUCACCAUCAAGCACAAGCGUGGCAAGCCGGGGGCAGCGCCCUACUACCCGCUCCAGCUCAGCGCCGUACCCACACCCACUCCCGGGCCUGGCCAGCUGCUGGUGAAGACGGCUGCCGCAGCUCUCAACCACAGGGACGUCUUCAUCCGCCAGAACCUGUACCCCAACAUCUCCUUCCAGGCGCCCCUCUUCUCCGACGCCUGCGGGGAGGUGAUCGGCGCCGGGCCCGGGUGCACGCGCACGGCGGAGCUGAUCAACAAGCUCGUCGUGCUCACGCCCUUCCGCGGGUGGGCGGCGGACCAGGCCGGGCCCGAGGACUGGGCGCAGUUCAGCACCAUCGGCGGCGUGGGCCCGCACACGCACCUCGGCGGCGGCCAGACCUACGUCGUCGUCGAGGAGGACGAGGUCGAGCUGCUCCCGGCCCACCUCACCGCCGCCGAGGGCGCCGCGCUACCCUCGGCGGGUGUCACCGCCUACCGCGCCCUGCUCACCAAAGCGGCCUCGGCGGCCGGCCCGGGGAAGAGCAUCCUCGUCACCGGCAUCGGUGGCGGUGUCGCCCUGCAGGUGCUCCAGUUUGCCCUGGCGCUGGGCGUCGACGUCUACGUGACCUCCAGCAGCGAGGCUAAGCUGGCCAGGGCGCAGGAGCUGGGCGCCAAGGGGGGUGUUCUGUACACGCGCGACGAGUGGCCCAAGAACCUGGCCAAGCUGCUGCCGGCGGAGAGGCCGUAUCUGGACGCGGUCAUCGACGGGGCCGGCGGGGAUAUCGUGGUGCGGAGCGUCCCGUUGCUCAAGCCUGGCGGGGUGAUUUCGUGCUAUGGCAUGACCGUGGCGCCGGUCAUGGACUGGCCCAUGCAGGCCGUCAUGAAGAAUAUCGAGCUGAGGGGCACUACGCUGGGCUCGAGGGUCGAGUUCACGGAGUUUGUCAAUUUUGUGGCCCGCCACGGGAUCAGGCCGGUCGUUUCCAGGACUGUCAAGGGGCUGGACUGCGUUGAUCAGAUCGAGGCACUGUUUGAGGACCUGAAGGGCGGGAAGCAGUUUGGCAAGUUGGUCGUGGAGAUUUAAUCUCCUCUACUCCUUUAUCUCGGUAGUUUUUGUUCUUAGGAUUCCGUCUUCAUGCCACUAUGAAAGUCUAGUUGCGCGUCGUGUUGCGCGUCCACUUGCGCGUCCAGUUGCACCAGGCGAUAUAGAACGAAUGCCGAAUGAUUCGAUGCUGCCCAGCUCGGCUUGUCAGCUUUGCAGAUGUGGAGUCAUGGUUGACUCUGCUCGUUGUCAAGGUACCAUGGAAGUCGUCGGGGUGGG